AUGGAGGUUCCCAGGACCGAGUGGGAAGACAGACAGUACCAUUUGGAGAGCAUAAUAAAAAAGCAGUUUUACAACAACCAUGAUGACAUAAAACCGGGUGAUCAAAACGUUGGAGGAUUCAUUUCGAGGAAGAAAUACAAACUGGAAGAACCUUGUAAAUGCUACAACUGUGAACACGUCAUAUUAGUUGUAACGGAAUAUAUACAGAAGGAGUGUGUUCUAGAUCGUUAUGUUUUAGCUUAUAAGAAUUUGCUUGAAAAUGUAGACACCUAUGUUCACGAAAUUAGGAACAAAUCUGACAUCGACCAUAUUGUGUAUAAUAAUUUUUUGCCCAAAGAUCAUACACGUGGUCUGAAAAAUGAAAAUAAAAAAUGUGCGCCAUGCGGAACGUCUGUGGGAGAGGACCACCAAGACGUGGAGAUGGAAACCUACACCAUUUCUACGAUCAUGACUAUAAGGACAAAAAUAUUGAAUGCCCUGCCGAUGUUAAAAGGGGUUUUAAAAAAACUGUCCCAUGAUGAGCACAGCCAUUAUUAUAUAAGCAGCAGGGUUGGCAUUAUCGAGAGGGUGAAAAAUAAGAUACACAGUUAUGUCAUGAGGAGAAGGAAGGACUGCACUUAUGAGGGUGUGCAAAUGAGGGGCGGGAAUGGCAGUCAAGCGUGCUUAUACGCUUCACCGAAGGAUUGUAGCGACAGUUACGAUGGGAUGGGCUGCCAGGACUACACCGACAGUGGUGAAGAUCGCAUUAAUCACGACCAUCACUACGAUCACGAUGAUCACGAUGAUCACGAUGACCAUUUCAACAACCUGGAGGAGCAACCUCAGCACACGCGUGAUGCGUGGUCCUGUCCCCAAAGGGGAGGCACACCGGAUAAGGCGCUUCCACUCCGAGCAGACAGAAGGAACACAGUCUAUUCAACCCGACUGAGGAAAGAAGCACCAGUAAAAUUUUACGAAAUAAUUAUUACAACGAAUCAGAAUUUGAUAAGUCUGAGGAGCAUUCACCUGUUGGUCGAAAUGGUUAACCUCUUUCACAGCUACUUCACAAAAUUCCUGUUGGAAAAAAAAAAAAAUGAAAAGAUAAACUUCAUGCAGCUCUAUCAGCUGAGGAGGGAGGAGUACACAUUCUGGUCGGAUUACAAUGAGAGGAUGUCCUACGGGUCGGACAAUAGCACAAGUUUUGAAUGCGAAAGUGGGGGAGACGGUUCGAAUGUGGAGGUGCACACUCAGAUGGGGGUAAGGGCCUCCCCCAAUAAGAGCUACACACACUUGGGCAGUUAUUACGACAACGGGGACACUGUUUAUACGAAGCGGAUCGGAGAUUGCACACAGAGGAGCGAAGAUUUUGCGAUUCUAAACGGAGGGGGUGAAAUUCGUGGUGCGGAUUACACGAAUCGGGUGAGUGAUAGUGGUGGUCGUGUAGUUCAGUGGGGCACCCAUGAUGAGGAGUGUCUCCACCAGGGGGAGUACUACCCAUGUGAGGAUGUUAGUUAUGCCGAUCGUACUGAUGAGGUGGACUGCCCCCCCGUGGAAGAGUUGCAAGGGGGAAGCACCCUUGGUGAGAAAGAAACCGAAGAAAUGGAAAGUUAUAUAAAGCACAUCCUUUCGUGCAUCGUGGGAGAGGGAGACACCUACUUGAACAUCGAACUGCUGUUCACCCUGCAUACCUUUCAGCUGAGUUACCUAUUCAAUGUGUUAAAAAAGAUCAUAUUAGGGAAGGAUCUGAAAAAUGAAUACCUGGUAAUGCUAACCUACUGUGGGUAUAAAAUCCAAAACAUGGAAAUUAUCGAAUACUGCUUUUGGAAGUUGGUACGUAUUUUUGAAAGUGAGGAAUUGCCAGAGUGUUGGAUCGUAGUGGAUGAUAAGGCGAACAGUCAGGUGAAGAAAAAAUACAACGAAAUGAGAGAUAAUUUAAGGGUGAUGAAACAGAGGAUGAGAGAAGCAGAGGUGGAGAUGAAUAAAAAGAAGCAGGGAUGUCUUUCCCAGGGGAAUGGCCUCUACGUUGAUUACCACGGUGGGAAUUAUGACAGGCACCACUACGAUGGAACGUUUUACGGAGCACUAAAUAUUUUCAAACCGAAUAAUCACUACCACAUGUGUAACAACAUCACGGAGGUAGACAUGAACAAAGGGAAUUUACAUUUUAACAAAAAUUUAAUUGACAAGAAAAUUUUUUCCCCAUUUAUCGAAAAAACGAAAAAAGAAUUUCAUCACUAUAAUGACAUUCCAAAGGGAUACGUCAUAAACGAAAUACAAAGGCUGCGAAAUUUUAGCGACUACUACUCCUGUUGCUAUAUUUUAAAAACCAAUCAGAAGAAAAAAAUUCUGAUGGGGUUUAAAAAAAAAGGAGAAAAUAAAGUUUACCUGUACAGAUAUGAUAAGAAUAUUAAAAAAAGUUACAAAGCAGGGGAAAAAAACAACCCCUUUUUCAACAUUUCCGGUUUUUUAGGAAUUUUAAUUUGUAAUUUUACAGGCAUGAAAAUUAAAAUAUAUGACAAUGGCAUAACGGAAAAAUAUGCUCAUUUUUUUCCUUCUUUUGAAAGAAAAAAUAUAAUUUCCAUAAGUUUUGAGUCAAAUAUAAUAAGUGAACUGCCAAGACAUUUUAUGUGCAAUAUUUACAAGCUUAAUAAAGACGUUAAAAUUAUUUACGAAAAUAAAUGUCCAGUUUGGAAUGAUGAGAAGGAGAUUUAUGAAUUGCCCUUUUACGGAAGAGUUAAAUUAGCAAGUGCGAAAAAUUUGCAAUUAAUUUUAAAAAAAUGUGUAAUUUCCAAUUCAAGGAAGGCUUCCUUUGUAGGAAAAACCAUAAACGAUGUUAUUGAGUAUGUCAGCAGUGACUCCUUCAGGGGGGAUUCCCAAGUGGCUAGCACGUGUACCGGACGGGGAACAGAUGGUAACCCUGAGGAGGGACUUCCAACGUGUGGACUCCCCUCUCAUUCUCCCUACGAAGGGAGCUACACCGGGGAGGGGGACGCAAUAAAAAAACACGUGCUCAGGAAAAAGUUCCCCUUUGAUGUGAUCACAAAUAAUUUUAAAAAAAAAGAAGAAGAAAAUUUUGAAAUUGUGAACAACGAUGAAGAGGAAAUAUUUUUAAUUUUUGGGAAGAACUCAAAGGAUUACUUUACGCUUGAUUUUCGCCACCCCUUGUCUUCCUUCGAGGCGUUUUCCAUCGCCAUUUCGUCUUUGCUGAAGAAGAAGGCCGUUUCGUAG